AUGAGUAAUUCUAUAUUCAAGAAUACACAAAACCCCUUGAAUUCAUUUAUACCAAUUCCCGAUUCUUCAUCUAAUCCACCUAAUGAUCAAUCGAAAGAACAGUCUAUUUAGAAUGAAGAAUCAAAGUAGGCAUCAAUAGAGCUUCAACUGUCAAGUAAAUAGAAGAACGAAGCAGAUGAGGCGCCACAUAAAGCGGAUUCUGCCUAAAAAGAGCGCCAAGAUCAUCAGUUUUAAGCUCAUGAUCAAGAUGAAAAAGACGAUAGCUGCAAGCUUGAAGAGCAGAUCGACAGAGGAGAUUUCCUAAGCAACCAGAAGUAAUAAGACUUUAUUAAUGAUGGAAGCGCCAACCACUUAGAAGUGAAUCAGUUCGAGUUAUAACAACAAAAAUAGGAAGUUAAAGAAGUAGUAGCUCCAGUUAAAGAAGAUAUUUCACCAAAUGAACAACACGAAUCAAAUAAUCUUUUAUCAGUCCAUAAUGCCAUUAAUGAGCACCAAGUUGGCAAUGGCAAAAAAAGCGCGCGCAAAACACCAUCUAGAGCAGCAAACAAAAUUGCUGGCAUCAGUGAGAAGAAGCAUUAAUCAGAGCAACAAAAUCACAAGAAUUAACCUGAGCCUGUUUAGCAAAUCCAAUAAGAAGAGUAGUAAUAGCCACAAGUCUAAUAAGAUCCGAAUAGUCAGAGUCCGGCCUAGGAUUUGGCAGAUCAGUUUGAAAUAAUAUCCAAAGGAGAAUUAGAAGGAGCAGAGGAAUUCAAGCAAUAAUAUGAAUAGUAAGAGAAGGAGGCAGUAGCAAAGCUUGAUUAGGAUUAGCCAAUGAAGGAUGAGAGCGAAUAGGAGUAGCAAUAGUAAGAGCAGCAAGUUGACAUUUAGAUUCAAUAGCUAGAGGAGAAAGAAGAACCAGUUGAAGAGCCUAAGUCUGUUAAGAAAUAAGUAAAGUCAAGAACAUAAACUCCAGCAAAAGGUAAAUCUGCUGUAAAGAAAACCGAAUCACCAAAGGCAUCACCUCAAAGGUAGAAUGCCUUAUCCCCUGCUAGAAUUCAAGCCUCAGUUAGUAAGCAAACCCCCAAGCCUACUACUGCUAAAAAAUCAGCAGUAAAGAAGGAAUUAGUGAGAUAAUUGAGUGAUGACGAAGGACAUGAAUCUCAUGUUGAAAUUGUUGUUCAAUAAUAGUUAUAGUAAAAAGAAGAAGAAAAGAAGGAAAUAGAAAUAGAAGUCCCUUAGCAAUAGCAUUAAGACAUUAAAGUUGACCAUCUUGAUUAGCAAGAUAUAUAAUAGAAGCAAGUAUAAGAAGAACAUGAACAAGAGGAGAAGUAGGCAGAAUAAGCAUCUAAAAAGACGCCAAAAGCAACACCAAAGCCAUCUUCAUAAAAAAGAUAAGUAACUGAAUAAAAAUAAGGAAAAGCAUCAGUUGCUGACAAGAAAUCAACAACUAAAUAAUCAGUAUCAAAGCAGUAAGUUACAAAGCUAAAAGAGCCUGAAUAGAUCAAAGAGCAGCCAAAGCCUAAAUAGGAGGAAGUUGUGAUGAAAGACGAGUCUCAUCAUGAAGAGGAAAAACCAAAGCCAAAAUCAGCUAUUAAGCAUAAAGCAGCUGUAGUAGAGGACAAACCAAAAUAAUAGUAAAAGCAUUAAGAAAGAUCAAAGACUCCUAAGUAGAAUGAGACUCCAAGAUAAACUCAAACUCCCAAGAGAACUGAGACACCAAAGAGGUAGUAGACACCUAAGAAACAAUAGACUCCUAAGAAAUAGCAAACCCCAAAGAAGGAAUAAUCUCCUCAAAGAAGUUAAACACCAAAGAAAGAAGCUAUAUAAACUCCAAGAAAAUCUACCACAACCAAGAAGGUUGAUGCAAAAGCAAAGCUACAUUAAUAAGAGGAGAAGAAGCAACUGACUCCAAUCAAAGAAGAGUCUAAGUAAGAGGAACCAAGGGGAAGAUCCCCUCCUGCUAAGAGAGAGGAAAAGAAGUCAGUCAAGAAAAUUGAGCACAAACCUCAGGAAGCUAAAUCUAUACCAAAGGAAAAAUAAUAAAGAUCAAUUACCCCUGCAAAAUCAUAAGAAAAGAAAUCUGUUAAAAAAUCAGUAGAAACUAAGAAGACUCCAGCAAAAGAAUCAGUUUAGCAACAGAUUCCAGUUGUAGUCUAACAAUAAGCUUAAUAAGAGCAGUAGGAAUAAAUUUAAUUGCAAAAGUAAAGAAGUAAAACACCUAAAAGAACUGAAUAAGUAUUAUCAGCAAAGCCCUCUGUUAAGAAGCAAGAGACUUAAAAACCUGAAGAGAAGAAAGCACAUAAAAAAUCUGAGGAGAAAUCUCCAGCUAAAGCUUAAGUACAUGAAAAGAAAAUUGAGCAAAAGCCAGAGUAGCAAAAGCAUGUUGCACCCUUGAAAUCUAAGACACCUGCCAAGGAUGAAAAGAAAACUAAGACCCCAGCUAAAGAAGAAAUUUAAAAGUCAAAGACUCCAGUAAGAGAUGAGAAGAAGGGAAAAACCCCAGUUAAGCAAGAAUAGAAGAGUAAAUCGCCAGUGAAGGAGCAGCAACUUAAGAGGUCUAAGACACCAAUCAAAAGUGAGCAAAAAGCCAAGAGUCCCGUUAAACACCAGUACACAAGAAGCAAAAGUCCUAAAAAAGAAUAAUAAAUUAUCAAAUAGAAGACACCUGCUAAAUAAGAUAUAGCAUAAGCAGUUUAAUAAGUAUAGAAGCAAUAAAGUGCAGCUAAAGUCAAACAAAGUGUUCAGAAACAAAUUGAAGAGCCCAAAUAAUAAAUUAAGCAGAAGUCCCCAGUGAAACAAUAGGCUAAAGCUUAGGUUAAUAAAUCUAAGUCAAAAGAUAAGAAAAAACCAGUGGUAAAGUCUCAAUAAAAGAAGCAAGAUGUAGUAGCAGUACCAUUUGAAGAGCCAUUGAAGAAAAGAGAGAUCAAAUUAACUUAAAAAGUCCUUGAAAAUCAAGAAAAAGAGGCAAAGAGAUAACAAGAAGUCCAAGAGAAGAAGUCAGUCUCUCCAUAAAAGUAAAAAUCACACUCUAGUCCUAAGAAGCAAGAACUGCCUGUAGCCAAGCCAGUAGUGAAAAGGGAAUCAUCUCAGCAAAAACAAAAGAAGCAAUUAGCAACUCCAGCAGUUACUAAAGUUGAAGUUAAAUUGGAACCUGCUGAGGAAAAGAGAACUUCAAGAUCGUAGUCUAAAAAGCCUGCUAGAUCUCCUAGGAAAGAACUGUCAAAUCCUCCUCCAGCCAAGAAAUAAAAAGUGGCUGUUGAAAAGCCCAUAGUAGAAGCUAAGAAAUAAGCAGCUCCUCCAAAAUCUGUUCAAAAGUAAGCUAAGCCUGAAGUGAAGCAAGUAAAACCAGUUUUGGCAAAGAAGGAGACCAGAUAAGAAAAGUCAAAGGAAAAGAAAGCAACAGUAGUAACUCCCAGACAACCAUCUAAAAAGCAAGAUAAAGCACUAGCAUCUAUAGUAAAAGUUGAGGCUAAGGAGGAAAUCCCAGUUAAAAAGAGAGAAGCCAAAGCAAAUGCUAAGGAAACUAUUAGGAAGGAGGUGCAAUUGAAAAAGCAAGCUGUUCAACCAAUUGUAAAAUAAAAGACUUCAAAGGCCCCCAAAAGUAGAUAGCAAUCUUAGCCAAAGCAAGUAGAGAGAUCUAAGUCUGCAAAGAAAGAAGUCAUUCAAUAGAAACCAGAACCUGUAUAAAAAUAAUAAAAGGUUCAAGAGGUGAAGAAGCCAGCAGCAAAGCCAAUUGAGAUAAAGAGUUAGACUCCAGCUCCAUUAGUACAGUAGAAAUAAGUUAGUAAAGAUAAGGCUCCAAGACCACAGUCUCCAAAAAAGAAAGAAGUGUCUAAGCCAGCAGUUGCUAAGAAAUCACCUACUAAAUAAUAAUCAAAAGAGAAAAAGAAGCCUACUGGCAAGGCUUCACCUAAGAAAACUUAGAGUCUGAAGAAUGAGGUUAAAGACUAGAAACUAGCAGGAGAGAAGAGGAUAAAGAAAGUCGAUAUCAAACUAGAGGAGAAAGUCAAGGCCAAAGCUCAGCAACAAAAGAUCAAACAGCAAAUUAAGGCGAAGGCUGCAACCCCUAAGUAGUCAGGUAAAUUGAACAAAAAGAAAUGA